UCCAGUAAGAGGCAGUUGAAACGGAGCAGUGCUGUCUGUUGAAAAUUGAGCAAUUUGAACAUCUCAUACUUUGAUUUUUAACACAGGAAAAGAGAAAUUGUUCUUUAGUUGUCAAAUCCACAGUUUUUAAUAUUUGGGAAUUUGGAGACCUAGGUACACCAUCAGCCUCUUUUUGGUGUGUUUUAUAACUAAACUGAGUGUUUGGGGCAAUUGAAUUAUCUUCUGCCCAAGCCUGAUACGUGCUUGGAAGGUGACCAGUUCUUACUUGGUGCAAAAUUACUUCCUUUCAUUUUCCAUCAUAAGCAGCAAAAGCCAUGGAUCAAACACUAAUGUGGGGAACACUACUACCCAAGUGCUCAUACCUCAAGUGCUCAUACCUCUUUCAGCUUUUGGUGCUGGCUGGUCUUUUUUACUUCUGUUCAGGCAUCAGCCAGGUGGUCAAGAGAGUGAAAGAUACAGCAGUACUACCUUGUGAUUACAAUAUCUCCGCUGAUGACCUGACAAAAGUUCGCAUCUACUGGCAAAAAAAACCCAAAGAUGUGGUGCUGAGUGUCAUAUCUGGAGAAGCAAAAGUGUGGCCCAAGUACAAGAACCGCACCAUCCCUACCAUCACCAAUAACCCUUCCAUUGUGAUCCUGGCUUUGCAACUGUCGGACAGUGGCAUCUACGACUGCAUCAUUCAGAAACCUGAGAAAGGGGUUUUCCAAAUGGUACAUUUGAAGCCGGUGAGCUUACUGGUCAGAGCUGACUUCCCUGUCCCAAGUAUAACUGAGCUUGGAAAUCCAUCUACUAACAUCAAAAGGAUAAUUUGUUCAACUUCUGGAGGUUCUCCAAAACCACACCUCUCCUGGUUGGAAAAUGGAAAAGAAUUAAAUGCUAUCAACACAACAGUUACCCAAGAUCCUGAAAGUGAGCUGUACACUAUUAGCAGUGAACUGGAUUUCAAUGUGACAGACAACCACAGCUUCAUGUGUCUUGUCAAGUAUGGAGACUUAAUGGUAUCACAUAUCUUCAACUGGCAAAAAUAUGAGCCAACUGCCCCUCCUUUUACUGAUAAGCCCCAGACUUGGACCACCACAAUUGCAUCUGGGCUUGUUCCCUGUGCUGUUCUCUGUGCUGUUGUCUGUGUGGUAAUCCUAAAAUGCCGACCCAACGGUAGACGUGCUGCAAGGACGCACUGCGAGAGGAAGGAUGAGGAGAGUAUGGAAAUGGAAACGAUCUCUCCUAUCUGCUCAAGACAUGCAACAGUAACAGAAUGAACAGAACAUCUGGAGACUUCCGGCCAAGAUGGAGGCAUAGGUAGAUACACUGUGCCUCCUCACACAACCAAAAUAAGGACAACAACAGUUUAGAAACGAAAAACAACCAGUACUGACAGAAAAUUGAACUGUGUGGAAGUCCGACAACCAAGGAGUUAAAGUAGACACAUUCAUCCAGACCGGUAGGAGGGACGGAGUUCGUCGGCUGGGCAGAGAGGGGUCACAGCAAAGUGGUGGCUGGCAGGCCCAGCGAGAUGACGGAUUGUGGAGGGGAACAGUGCACAAGGCAGCUAGCGGACCAGGCGGUCCCACAUUGGUGUGCAGAUAAACCAGGCGAAACUGGGGAGCGAGACAGACUGUGCAAUCCAGGGUCCCAGCUUGGGGAAAUAAAGUCUCAAAACACCAGUUGAAAACACUUGUGGGGGUUGAGGUGCUGGGAGAAACUCCCAGCCUCACAGGAGAGUUUGUUGGAGAGACCCACAGGGUCCUAGAAUGGACACAAACCCACCCACAUGGGAAUCAGCACCAGAAGGGCCCAAGUUGCUUGGGGGAAGCUGGGGAAGUGACUGAAAUCCAGCAGAGAGUAGAGCAAUCGCCAUUGUUCCCUCUUGGACCUCUCCUCAACAUAUGGCAUCACAGCCCGGUGAUGGGGGUUGCCCCACUCUGAUGAACACCUAAGGCUCCACCCUUCACUAUGUAACAGGCACAUCAAGACAAAAAAAAAUGGCCCAAACAAAAGAACAGAUCAAAGCUCCAGAAAAAAUACAAGUAAGCGAUGAAGAGAUAGCCAACCUAUGAGAUGCACAGUUCAAAACACUGGUAAUCAGGAUGCUCACAGAAUUGGUUGAAUUUGGUCACAAAUUUGAUGAAAAGAAUGAAGGCUACGCUAAGUGAAAUACAGUCAUCCCCUUGCUAUAUUGCGGUUCACUUAUUGCAGCUUCACUGUAUUGUGGGUUUAAGCCCACAAUACAGUGGGCUUAAACCUGCUGUACUUCACUGGUGAGUACCCAUAUAGAAUUUUAUAUGUUGUUAAAAUUACAUAGGUUUAAGAGUGUAGAAUGUGUUUAAGAGCAUAUAAAGUGUUUAUAAGAGUGUGGGAAAGGUUAAUAAGAAAGUGAGAAAGGUUUAUAGGAGUGCAGGAAGGGUUUAUAAAGCCUUAAAAUAUAUAUAAAUAAAAUAAAUAUAACGCUGCUACUUUGUGGAUUUUCACCUAUUGCAAGGGUCUCUGGAAUGUAACUCCUGCGAUAGGUGAGGGCUCGCUGUAGUUUUCGUGGAGGAAUGUUCAAGCUUAACACAAAAUUUGAUGCAGAUUUAUCGCUCUACUUGCUCAGUCAUUUUGAAUGUGAUGACCACACAGUGCAUAUGCUCACUCAAUGGCAUCUGCUGCUCCCACUGACUAGUAUGGUGACAUUUUUACUGUUCACUCAUGCACAUUCCAGUCCACUCCACUUUCCUGCCAGGUUACAUGGAUGUCACACAAAUUGUUCUUGUUAUAUUAACAAUGGCUGGGCUUUUCCCGGAUAGACCUCAUACACCUGUAUGAGGCUAAUAGAAAUAUUAUUGGUGUUUUAGCCAGUAUUGCACUUUUCAUGGUGUUUUCAUUUGUCAUCCACCCACUUUUCCAUCAGAUUCAGAAGAAAGUAGGCCUCGCCACAACUAAUUUGCCCUGACGUGGAGGAGAAACAACAGAGAAACUAAACUGUCCCUCUCCAACCUAGCUAUUGCUUUAAAUCUUCAAAGAGAUAGUUUAGUUUAAAAAAUCAUAUUCGACUCGUUCAUAUUGGACUGACAGUGUCCUUAAAUGGUUUUAUACCAGUUUAACCUCUUUUGUAAAAUAUUUAUCAGAAAGUUCUCAUUUAAAAUAGGAUACAUUUAUGCCCUGGCUGGUGUGGCUCAGUGGAUUGAGCUCGAGCCUGUGAAGCAAAAGAUCACGGUUCAAUUCCCCGUCAGGGCACAUGCCUGGGUUGCAGGCCAGUUCCCAGCAGGGGACUCAUGAGAGGCAACCAUACCUUGAUAUUUGCCUCCCUCUCUCCUUCCCUUCCCUUCUAAAGAUAAAUAAAUAAUAAAAUAGGAUACAUUUAAAAAGUCUCAGUAUGCAGGGCCGUGUGCAGACCCACGUGUGGUGCAGGCAAGCACACUCCUGAAAACAAAGAGCUGAUGCCAUGAGAGCCACUCACUUUGCCUGUGUCGCUGCCUGCCAGCUCAGAUGCUGAAGAUAUCUGUUAUUGCGGCGGUGAGUCUGGUCAUCUUGCGAAGAACUGUGAUCUUCAGGAGGAUGCCUGCCAUAACUGCAGUCAAGGUGGCCACAUUGCCAAGGACAGCAAGGAGCCUAAGCGAGAGCAAUGCUGCUACAACUGUGGCAAACCAGGCCAUCUGGCUCAUGACUGUGACCAUGCAGAUGAGCAGAAGUGCUAUUCUUGUGGGGAAUUUGGACAUAUUCAAAAAGACUGUGCCAUAGUAAAGUGCUAUAGGUGUGGUGAAACUGGUCAUGUGGCCAUCAACUGCGGCAAGACAAGCGAAGUCAACUGUUUCUGCUGUGGUGAAUCAGGACACCUUGCACAAGAAUGCACAGUUGAGGCCACAGCUUAAUUAUUUUCCUUUGUCACCUGUCCUUUUUCUGAUUGAUCAUUGUAUUAUUUUUUCUGGAUCCUCUUCACUGGCCAAAGGUUGGCAGAUAGAGGCUACUCCCACGCCAGUGAGCUUUACUUGCCAUGUAAAAGGAGGAAGGGGUGGGAAAAAUUGACUUUCUGCAUUUAACUACAAAAUAAAGUUAUGUUUAGUUUGGUAAAGAUGUUAUAUAUAAUGCUUUGUUAAAGAACUCCCCUUCAUUGCCACUGGUGAAUAGGAAUUGAUGAAUGUGAAGAGUUGAAUCAGACCAGUAAGCCCAUUCUGGGUUUCUUGAAUAUGUUCCCACGUAGAAAGCAAAAACCAAUUCUGAAAGUGUCUGUGAGCUUCCAUAAAUAACUUUAAUUUUAGCAUAAUGAUGACCUUGGAUUGUCUGACCUCAAUAUCUGUUAAAUAACAUCAAUUAACAUCUGUAUCAGGCCCUACAUAGAUCAUACAGGUGAUUGCGAGUAAACAAAAUAAAAAGGUAAAUGUGUGUUUAACAUCUGUGAAGAAAAUUGGAAUAAAAGCCUAAACAGGAAUAACUUGGUGUUGCUACUUGAUAUGAAAGUGACAAAGGUUUAGAACACAUUUUUCUGACAAAGAUGAAAUCUAAAACCUAUCUAUGGCUUUUAUGAGUAAACAUCCAUGUUCAGAGUAAGAAUAAUUUGGAGUUGUUCAGAAAUUGCAGAGAAAUGCAUUUUCACAGAAAUCAAGAUGUUAGUUUUGUAUACUAUAUCACUUAGACAAUUGUGUUUCAUUUGAUGUAAUCAGUUUUAAAAGUCAUGGAAAAUGCAACUUAAGUCCUAGAUAACAGAAAUGUAAUUUUAAACUAUUUAA